AGCACGCUCGCAGGGGUUCGAGGAGGGCCAGGUGUCUCCGAAUAGAGCAGUCAAUGCCAGCUCGACACGCGCACAACUCCGGUCGACCAUCGCGCGGUACUGCAGGCUAAGUAUAGCGGGGGAAGACCUCGGUCCUGCGUGGGCACGCAUUCAUUCAGAUCGUGCGGCAUUUCACCCGUCCCACUCAUGUCACUCCGAUAGCGAGUAGUUUACCGUGUGGCUUGCCUUUUGGACUCACGACGAGUUUUCCGUCGAUCACGUAGCCUGGCUUGAGAGAUGCUCUUGUUAUAAGCGACGACACGACACGAAGGCUGAACGCAGGAUCUCACGACUACACCCCUCACUAUGUCUGGGAAACAGCCCUCCCGCUCCAGCAGCGUUGACGAGAAGGCGAACGAUGCUGGGAAGCAGACGACGACUCCGACCAUGAAGGACGCGAAGAGCACGAAGGAUGUAGCGAAGCCGAAUAGAGGGAUCGCAGCAGCGGGACCGGGCGAGAAGCUGCAGCUCGACGAGGGGGAGCAACGUACGCACCUCCGCAAGCAUUGGUGGCAACUCUGGAUCCCGGGCAAAGCACCUCCCCCGCCUCCAGCGAACAUCGACGAUGCUCCGAUCAUCCCUCUCGCGCAUGCCAACUUCCUCUCGCAGCUCACGUACCAAUGGAUCACCCCACUCAUGGUCCUGGGGUACCAGCGCACUUUACAAGCGUCGGAUCUAUGGAAAGUUGACCCUUCACGAGAGUCCGGCCACCUCUCCGCCGUCUUCGACGCCUCCUGGGACCGCCGCAUCCUCGAAGCCGCCGACUACAACAAACGCCUCUCCGCCGGCGAGAUUUCCCCCACCCUCCGCCAACGCCUCACCUGGACCCUCCGCUCCCUCUCCACCCCCUCCCACUUCGCCUCCCGGCGCGCCGCGUUCGAAGACGAGUGGCGAACCACGACAGGAAAGAAGGAAGCGAGCCUCGCGUGGGCGCUCAACGAUGCCCUGGGGCGCGAGUUCUGGAUGGGAGGGAUCUUCAAAGUGGUUGGCGACACGGCGCAGCUGAUGAUUCCGCUUAUUGUGAAGGCGAUCAUCAAUUUCUCGAGGGGUAAGGAGGCGGCGAAGGCGGCGGGGCAGCCGGAGCCGGGGAUUGGGAACGGGGUGGGGAUGGCGAUUGGGCUGUUGUGCUGCAUUAUUUUGCAGAGUUUGUGCACGCAUCAGUUCUUCUGGCGCUCGAUGCAUAGUGGUGCGCUGUCGAGGGCCACUCUCAUCAACUCGAUCUACAAGCGAGGUGUUUUGCUGUCUGGCAAGGCCCGAGUCGAGAUUCCGAAUUCCAACCUCGUUAACCACAUUUCGACGGACGUCAGUCGCGUAGACCAGGCGGCGCAGUGGUUUCACGCUGCAUGGACCGCCCCGAUCCAGGUCAUCGUCUGCCUGAUCAUCCUGCUCGUGCAGCUCGGUCCGAGCGCGCUCGUCGGCUUCGUGUUGUUCUUCUUCAUGAUGCCCAUCCAGGAGCGCACCAUGCAUUUCCAGAUCAAGAUGCGCAAGGCCUCGGUGAAGUUCACGGAGCAGCGAGCGAAGGUCAUCCUCGAGGUGCUGAGCUCGAUGCGGAUCGUGAAGUACUUUUGCUAUGAGGUGCCGUUCUUGAGUCGCAUCGCGAAGAUUCGCAACCAGGAAAUCAAGGGCAUCCGCCGGAUUCAGAAUUUGCGGUCAGCGAACUUCGCCUUUGCAUGGUCCAUCCCCGUGCUUGCAGCGACGGUCGCCUUCGUCACGUACACAAGCACGCACGACGGUUUCGAUACCGGUGUAAUCUUCGCGUCCCUCAGUUUGUUCAAUGCCCUCCGCCAACCGAUGCUCUUCUUGCCGCGCUCCAUCUCCGCCACUGCGGAUGCGCGCAACGCGCUGGUCCGCCUUAAGAAGCUCUUCCACGCUGAGACGAUGCCCGCGCGGCCCUUCGUCAUCGAUCCCGAGUUGAAGCUCGCCGUCGACGUGCGCAACGCGACCUUCGAGUGGGAGAAGUCCCUGGCGUCGGGAAAGCCGGACAAGAGCAAGAAGGAGGCGAAGAAGGACGAGAAGGAGAGGAAGGACGCGGAGAAGGAGAAGAAGGCCCUCGCUGCGGAGGAGCACACCACCGAGAAGCAAGCCGAUGCCCAAGCACAAGCUCAGGCCGAACAGGAGCAGCCCGCCGGCGUCCCGCUGCGCGUUUUCCGCGUCGAGGACGUGAACAUGCAGAUCGCGCCCGGCGAUGUUGUCGCGGUUGUGGGGAGCGUGGGCUCGGGGAAGUCGAGUUUGCUGCAGGGUCUCAUUGGGGAGAUGAAGAAGGUCUCGGGCGAGGUGAACUUCCGCUCGGGGCUGGCGUACUGCCCGCAAAUUGCGUGGGUGCAGAAUGCGACGCUGAGGGAUAACAUACUUUUCGGCAAGGAGUACGACGAGGAUCGGUACUGGGAGGUGCUGAACGAUGCAUGCCUAAUUCCGGAUCUGGAAGUCCUCGCUGAUGGUGACCUCACUGAGAUCGGCGAGGCCGGUAUCAACCUUUCCGGCGGUCAGAAGCAACGGAUCAACAUCGCCCGAGCUCUUUACAGUGACGCCGACAUCAUCCUUCUCGACGACCCGCUCUCCGCCGUCGACGCCCACGUCGGCCGCGCGCUGUUCCACGGCGCUAUUAUGAAGCUCAAGGCUAAGGGCAAGACCGUCAUCCUCGUCACUCACGCGCUGCACUUCCUCUCGCACUGCGACUUCAUCUACACGAUUACCAACGGCCGCAUCAGCGAGGCGGGCACUUACGACGAGUUGCUGGCCAAGGACGGCGACUUUGCGCGCCUGGUGACCGAGUUUGGCGGCGAGCAGUCGCAGGGGAUGUCGGAUAGUCAGGACCGUGAGAAGAGGCAGGCUAUUUCGGCCGAGGAGGUGCGGGCGAAGAUCUCGAAGGCGGGCAAGGGUACGGGAAAGAUGCAGGGCAAGCUCAUCAUCAAGGAGAAGCGUGCGACUGGCUCUGUAUCCACACAAGUUUACAAGGAGUACCUGAAAGCCGGAAAGGGCUGGGUUACUGUACCUCUGAUCUUCAUCACCAUGGCCCUGAUGCAAGGCUUCCAAGUCAUGAACAACUACACCUUGGUCUGGUGGCAGGCCGACUCCUUCCAUCGGUCGUUCGGUUUCUAUCAGAUGCUUUAUGCUGUCCUCGGCAUCGGUCAGGCGCUGUUCACGCUCCUCCUGGGUAUGUCGAUGGAUCUCAUGGCUGCAUGGGCGUCGAAGAACCUGCAUCAUGCAUCCAUCAACAAUAUCUUCUACGCGAAGAUGUCCUGCUUCGACACGACUCCGUUAGGCCGCAUCUUGGGUGUCUUCGGGAAGGAUAUCGACAUUGUUGAUGACCAGCUUCCUCAAUCCGCUCGCAUGUUCGCCCUUGCCAUGUCCAGCUUACUCGGCGCCAUUGUCAUCGUCUCCGUCGUCCAGCCCUACUUCCUCCCCGCCGCGUUCGUCAUAUUCUGCGGGUACCAGUACUUCGCUGCAUUCUACCGCGCCAGCGCCUUGGAAAUGAAGCGUCUUGAUGCAAUGCUUCGCUCCAUGCUCUACGCGCACUUCUCCGAGUCGCUCACUGGCCUCCCGACUAUCCGCAGUUUCGGGCAAGUCGAGCGCUUCAUCGAGGAGAACAAGCUCUACAUCGACUUGGAAGAUCGCGCGCUCUUGCUUACUGUCACGAACCAGCGGUGGCUGGCGAUUCGGCUGGAUGCACUAGGGGCGAUCUUGGUCUUCUUUAUUGCCAUCCUUGCGGUCGUAGGCGUCCGUGGAAUUAACCCAGCGCAGAUCGGUCUGAUCCUGACUUAUGGAAGCAUGCUCACGCAGCUAAGCAGCAUGUUCACGAGGCAAUCUGCCGAGCUCGAGAACUACAUGAACUCCGUCGAGCGUGUCUCCGCCUACAGUCGCGACGGCGCCCUCGACAAGGAGCCGCCUCACGUCAAGUCCGACGUCAAGCCGCCCGAGCACUGGCCGCACUCCGGCGCCAUCGAGCUCAAGGACCUGAAGAUGGCGUACCGCCCGGGCCUUCCGAACGUCCUGCACGGCUUGAAUGCGAGCAUCCGCGGAGGGGAGAAGAUUGGUAUCGUCGGGCGCACGGGGAGCGGGAAGACAUCUCUGUCGUUGUGCUUGUUGCGCAUCGUGGAGUAUACGGGCUCGGUGAUUGUGGAUGGAAUCGAUAUCUCGACGCUCGGGCUGCGCGACUUGCGCUCGAGGAUGGCGAUUAUUCCGCAGGAUCCCAUCCUCUUCAGCGGUACCGUCCGCACCGCUCUCGACCCCUUCAACCAGUUCGAUGACGCUCGCCUUUGGGACGCCCUGCGUCGCUCUCACCUCGUCAGGCCCGAGGACGCCACGCCGGAUAGCGCGACGCUUCAGGAGAAGGAAGACGGCGAGCACCACAACGAGAACCGGAUUACACUGGACACGUUCAUUGAGCCCAAUGGCGCGAACCUGAGCGUGGGGCAGCGGUCAUUGCUCAGCUUGGCACGCGCGCUGGUGAAGGAUAGUCGAGUGGUCAUCAUGGACGAGGCGACGGCUUCGGUGGACUUCGUUACGGACGCCAAGAUCCAGAAGACCAUCCAGACGCAGUUCGCUGACCGGACGUUGUUGUGCAUAGCUCAUCGCCUGCGCACCAUCAUCUCCUACGACCGCAUCCUUGUUAUGGACUCGGGCAAUAUCAAGGAAUUUGACACGCCCAUCAACCUCUUCAACAACCCUGGCAGCCUAUUCCGCAGCCUCUGCCAGGAGAGCAACAUCACCGCGGCCGACAUCGAGCAGAGCCGUACUUUCUAAUCGACUACUUACCCAUAUACAUAGAUUUCGUAGCUUCACUAACGACGUUUGACUUACAGUACCUUCAUAUAUGAUGUAUACCUGGUAAUUCCGUGGAUGUAGAGUACAGAGCGAUUGUCUUCGCCAACGUUGUCGGUUUGCC